UAGAAAAGUAGGAGGAUCCUGCAGAGAGUAGACUGCAGGAUUACUGUCCUGAACUGUCCAGCCUUGUUAUACAGAGAGUGUGGGGUACUCGAUGUCCUUGGAUUUUAAUUUGUUGUUGUUUUUUUUUUUUAAUCUUUUAUUUGUGUGUAGGCUGUGUUAAUGUGACCACACCGGGUAAAUGCCAUGACGUGGUGUUGUCGGAAAAAGCAGCGGGUCAAGUUCAGACGUGUCUGCAGCGUGGGUCUAGCUAUUGUAGGCGCUUUAAACUUUACCCCAGCGCUGGUUUGAAAGUAUUUUCACAUUCAUAACCAUCUCGUUUUACGGCGGGCUGACUGACAUGCAGCGCUGACGAGCCACUGUCGGUUUCGAUAGCUGAUACAGAGCAUGUGAAUUGAGCUCAGACAUGGAGGGACCCGAUGCGCAUCCAGACACCAAAAACACGGAGGACUGCUUUGCCAGGACGUGCUCAGCUCUAACCGUGGACGAUGUGUACGAGAUAGCCAAGCUGAUAGGGGCCGAAGUGGAGAAGCUAAUCGACGGUUACGGCAAAGAGAGCGUCGUGGGGCUGGUGCCGAAAAUAGUGAAAGUGCUGGAGCUGCUGGAGAGCUUCGCGUCGAGGAACUAUGCUCACAAGCUGAAGGAAGAGGAACUACUCAAGACCUUCGAGACGAUACAGCUGCAACAGCAGAAGAAACAACGCAGUGGGAAAGAAAGCGAAGAGGGCAGCGAUAAAAAUGAAAUACGGGAGCUGCAGCAGAAGGAGCAGCAGUGGAGGAGGACGUGUGAGGAGCUGCAGGUCCAGGUGCAGCAGCUCCAGGAGGACAGGGAGGAGCUGCAGAGCAGGCUAAAGGGCAGCCAUGCACAGGAAGACCGUGUCCAGCGGCAGGAGCGAGAGGUGAUGCUGAAGCUGAAGCAGGUGGUGGACAAGCAGAGAGAUGAGCUGAGGGCUAAGGUCCAGGAGAUAACUACCAUCUCCAAAGAGGUGGAGGCGCUCCAGGAGCAGCUGGACCGCUUCAUGAAAAUGAAUGCAGAGCUGCGACACAAGCAGAAUGUGCUGCAGGCUCAGCUGAAGAGCACCGUGGAGAGGAAGGCCGACAUGGAGGCCGACCUGAAAGAGAAAAGCAAAGAGAUAGAAAACCUCCAGGCACAGCUGGACAGAACCAACAGCAACAGCUCUUCCAGUCCGAGUAAAACAGCUCGCGAGUCAACGAAAAAGCCGACAGCUGACCAGAAGGAUCCCGAUCAGCCGUGCUUCACUAAGAAGGAGGUGCGUGAUAUCCUUUUCGAGAGGAACGAGCUCAAAACCAACCUGUUUCUGGUGCAGGAGGAGCUCAGCUACUACCAGAGGGAGAUCCUGAAUGAGGAGCGGUGUCCAGGUUUUCUAUUAGAAGCCGUCCGCUCAGCCAUAAAAAAAAAGAGGAGGCUCAUUAAGGCCAAGAUGCUCGGAAUUCCUGUGAACGAAUGCAGCAGCAGUGAUGAGGAGGAGAGGAGUUCUCUGUUUGGGCAGACAGAAGUAGACGGGACAACAGCAGACGAAACUGACAAACCAGCUGAGUCACGCAUUCAAAACCUCUUUGGCUUCCUGACGCGGUCGGGCAGCGGCCGGAGCCCCACCCACAUGAGCAACUCCGCCUCCAGCUGGGAGAUCAUCGGAGACUCGGAGGCCACAGACGAGACGGAGCAGCGGCCAUCAUCCUGAGCCUGGUCAGUCAUAAUGUCUCCCUCUGCUUGAGGCAGAAAAUCUGGUUGUAGCUCAGGAGAAAUGGUCAGGAAGUCCCCAGUGUGUUUAACAAAAAGCACUAUGGGAAUAUGAGGAAAGAGAGUGCGCGAGUGUUUUUAAACAAACUAUUCAGCUUUAUUUUGAUCAUAAUUACUUUACUUCCUGUUCUUCUUCCACCAAAUGAUAAAUAAGAGGAACCGUUUUAUUACAGUAUAACCAGCACACUGUACCAUGGUAUUAAGAUGAAUCAGCUCUUCCUUUUGUAUGAUCAAAAAAUAUAUUUUUCUUCAUUAUAGGUAAAGUUUUAUUGUCUGUAAUUUCAGAAAACUGAGGUUACCACAUAAAGAUAUUUAUAUAAAUGCUCCAGUAUUUUUAACAAAAACCAAAGACAUUACAAAGAUUUAUAUUCUGAAAUUAAACUAUCCACUCUACUAAUAUGGGAAACUACAUAUUAAGUUAACCUCUACUUCACAAGACAGCAUUGGUUCAUUUUAUAACUAAUAAGAAAUAUUUUAGCACAAAAAAUAAUCAUGUAACUUUGACCUCAGUUGGGGAAUUUGUAAGCCAUGUGUUAUACUCAUGUAUUUUUUUGUGUUUGAAGCACUUUUAUGCGCAAGGAAAAAGAAAAAAAAUUAACAUAGUAGCAGACUCUUCCAGCAGUGAGUGCUUUAAUAAGCCUUAACUUGUUAAAAAUAUAUUUUCUUAAUUUGCAGUCGUGGGUUGUUGUAUAGCGCCAGAGCAUUUGGCUGGUGUGUGUUUGAUACUGGUGCCAUAAGUGUGUGUGUGUGUAUACAGACACGUGUUUUGGCUGGUGUACUGGCCUCUGCAGAUUGGUUACUUUACUUUUAAAGGAAGUUGUGCGCUUCCUUGUGGAAAUGAGAAGUGGUGUGUGUGGGGAUUUCUUUUCUCCAACAUUAGCUGACAGGUUAAUAUAUUGUAAUUAUCUGAUCAUUGCUAUAUGACGCCUGUUCCCUCUAAAAGUCUGACCGUAGCACUACUCAGACAGACCAGUGGUACUGUAUUUAUUGAGAGACAAUGUAUGACCCUCCAAUCUGAUUUACUGUGUUCGCAAUCUGUUUUUGCAAGUGUGUUUUUAAUGCCGACUAAAACACGUAUGAGAUGAGUUGCCAUGUGAGUGAAUUUUAUUGAAAAUGUGAUUUUAAAAAACUAUUCAAAAAGUGGAUUUUCUGUAACAGUGAAAUUUCAAAAUUCAAUAAAAUCAAUUUAACACAGA